UUUCCAUUUCUCUCAUUCUCUCUCAAAACAAAACACAACCACACAACUUCUCUCUCAGCUCUCAAAGAUUCUAACCCCAAAAGAAAAAAAAUCAAAUGAAAUUGAAAACCCUUUUUCUUCUUGAUCAUAAGAAGAAGAGGAAUUAAGAAAAUUCCAGUACUGCCGCCGCCACAGCUGCCGCCGCGAUGAGCCACCUUGAAGACUCUCUAAGAUCCCUUUCUCUGGACUAUCUUAAUCUUCUGAUCAACGGUCAAGCGUUUAGCGACGUGACGUUCAGCGUGGAGGGGCGUCUUGUCCAUGCGCACCGAUGUAUCUUGGCGGCUAGGAGUUUGUUUUUUAGGAAAUUCUUUUGUGGGACGACGACGGAGGGAGCGUCGAGCGGGUUGAGCCCGGUCGGGUCGCCAUCUCCGCCGUCGUCGAGUAGUAGUCCACAAGUGAUUCCGGUUAAUUCGGUGGGGUAUGAAGUAUUUUUGCUGUUGUUGCAAUUUUUGUAUAGUGGACAAGUUUCAAUUGUGCCACAAAAACAAGAGCCAAGGCCUAAUUGUGGUGAUAGAGCUUGUUGGCAUACGCAUUGUACCUCCGCCGUAGAUCUUGCUCUUCAUACUCUCUCCGCCGCUAGAUCCUUCGGCGUUGAACAGCUCGCAUUGCUCACUCAGAAGCAAUUGGCAAGUAUGGUGGAGAAGGCUUCCAUUGAAGAUGUAAUGAAGGUUUUAUUAGCUUCAAGAAAACAAGACAUGCAUCAACUUUGGUCCACUUGUUCUCAUCUUGUUGCCAAAUCGGGUCUCCCACCGGAGGUACUUGCCAAACACCUUCCGAUCGAUAUCGUUGCUAAAAUAGAAGAACUUCGCCUAAAGACAUCUUUAGCACGUCGUUCUCUAAUGCCUCAUCACCACCACCACCACCAUCACGACCUCUCGGUUGCUGCUGACCUCGAAGAUCAAAAGAUUCGUCGUAUGAGAAGAGCUUUAGACUCCUCCGAUGUUGAGCUUGUUAAACUCAUGGUGAUGGGUGAAGGUUUGAAUCUUGAUGAAGCUUUAGCCUUACAUUAUGCUGUUGAGAAUUGUAGCCGUGAAGUCGUUAAGGCUUUGCUUGAGCUCGGUGCCGCUGACGUUAACUACCCCGCUGGCCCGGCGGGAAAAACCCCACUUCACAUGGCGGCAGAAAUGGUGUCGCCCGACAUGGUUGCUGUCCUCCUCGAUCACCAUGCUGACCCAAAUGUCCGAACCGUCGAUGGUGUCACACCCUUGGAUAUCUUAAGAACCCUAACUUCCGACUUCCUCUUCAAAGGCGCGGUCCCAGGAUUAACCCACAUCGAACCCAACAAGCUCAGGCUCUGCCUCGAGCUUGUCCAAUCCGCCGCAUUGGUUCUCUCCCGCGAAGAAGGAAACGCCAAUGCCAAUGCCAAUACAAACAUCAAUGUUUCAUCGUCUCCAAUAUACCCUCCGAUGAGCGAGGAUCAUAGUAGUAGCAGCAACAACAGCAACAACAACAUCGGUAAUCUCAAUCUCGAUUCGAGAUUGGUUUACCUAAACCUUGGAGCAUCAGCUUCGAGACGAAUGGGAGGUUCUAGAGUGGAUGGCGAAGACGACAACAGACAUGGAUCACAAGGAGGAGGAUGUGUCCCAACAAUGUACCACCAUUCCCAUGACUUUUGAUGAAAAUUAAGCAUAACAUCAAAAUCUCAUCAUAUAAAAUUUCACAAAAUAUCAUCUAAAUUAGAAAAUUCAAAAGGGGGAAAGGGAAAAGAAAUGUUGAUUGAAUGAAAAGGUAGCCAAGAUCAUCAGGGCUGGUCUCUUGGGUAUCAAAUUAUCAUUGGAUCAAUUAUAUGUUUACAAUAUGUCAGUUCUUUUUUCUUUUUUUUUUUCUCUUUAAUUAAUUCAGUUUUUAUUUCUCUCUCUCUCUGCUUUGUGUGGAUUUUU